AUGUCGGUGGUGGCGACAAUCCCAUUCGCUGGAUUGUUCAUCAUCUUAUCGGUCGUUGGAAUCAUUGGAAAUGUAUUCGUCAUUUAUGCAAUCGCUGGAGACAGAAAUAUGAGAAAGUCAGUGAUGAAUAUCCUGUUGCUCAACCUGGCAGUUGCUGAUCUCGCCAAUCUAAUCUUCACAAUUCCAGAAUGGAUUUCUCCAGUUUUCUUCGAUACAUAUGACUGGUUAUUGCCAUCAUUUAUGUGUCCAGUGUGCAGGUAUCUUGAAUGUGUCUUCUUGUUCGCAUCCAUUUCAACUCAAAUGAUUGUUUGCAUUGAAAGAUACAUCGCAAUCGUUCUUCCAAUUCAUGCCCGCCAUCUUUGUUCUCGUCGAAAUGCUCUGAUUACGGUAUGCGCUUCAUGGAUCUUCGUUGCAUGCUUCGCAUCUCCAUAUGCCGUUUUGCAUUCGGUGAAAACAACAACCUGUUCGAAUACGGCUGGAAAAUCAAUCUGGUGGCAGAGAUAUAAACUGACUGAAUUUCUGCUAUUCUAUUUUGUUCCAUGCUUGAUAAUAAUCGGAGUUUACACGAAAGUUGCCAAGUGUCUCUGGUGCAAAGAUCCAACUCUUCAGAGUGAAACUCGUUCUUGUCUCGAGAACAAACUGUCAGUUCGUGGUGCCGAAGCUCUUCGUACCAGAAGAAAUGUCGUGAAAAUGUUGAUUGCUUGUGUGGCUGUAUAUUUCAUUUGUUACUCUCCAAUUCAAGUCAUGUUCCUAUCCAAAGCAAUCCUGAAUGUUUCAAUCCAUCCACCAUAUGAAUUCAUUCUUCUUUUGAAUGCUCUUGCAAUGACUUGCUCCGCCAGCAACCCACUUCUGUAUACUCUUUUCUCAACAAAAUUCCGCAGAAGGUUACGUGAUGUUUUGUACUGCCCGCCUGAUGUGGAAAACGAAACGAAAAAGACUUAUCUAUCGAUCAAUAACACUUCAAUCACUGGUCCACGGGCUAGUUUUAAUUGA